AUGUUCACCACUGCUGGAUCGUCUAUUAUGCAAGACAUUGUAUGGUUGCAAUCGAACUCUUCGUCCUUUGGUCGGGUUGAUAAAGAAUUUCCCACUAUUACAUAUUCAAAGAAUAUUCGACCGGCUGUUAAUUUGACCCAACCCAGUCGUAAUGGUUUACGGGGGAUUCUUUACGAUCGCGACUUGUCCUGCACUCUUCAUCCACCCGAAGCGUUGGGUCAGUCGUAUCCAGGAUUGUCAAAAAUUGCACUGAUAAAGCGAGGUCAAUGUACAUUUGCCAGUAAAAUAUUAUUUGCUCAGCAACAAGGAGCCAUUGCAGCCGUGGUCUACGAUAAUAACGAUGCCAGUCAUGCCAAAGCGGAAGAAACAAUGCUUAUUCCAGUUGGAUCAGGAAUUGUAAUUCCUGCGUACUUUGUGGAUUAUGAAACAGGUACGGCGUUAUAUGAGCAAUUGAAGAUGGCAGCCAACAUGACACGCAUGGAUCCCAACAACGUGAAACGGUCUCUGGCUGUGCGAAUCUUGAUGUUGCCAGGUGAUACAGGGAGCCCGAAUUCCUGGCAACUGACUUUAAUGAUCGUCAUUGCUUUACUUGCAGUGAGUUUCUUCGCUUCAGUUGGAAUGCAUUGGCAUCUUUGGCGCAAGCGAAGAAGGCAACGGUUGGCGGCGAUCUCGAAUUCUAUCGAUGCAACUCUUACCAUGUCGUCGACGUCGUUGAUUCGAAUGGCCAAUCGAACGUUGCUGGAUGACGCCAAACUGCAAACACUGCCUAUGAGGACGAUCAAUACCAGUGCCACCAAAACAGGCUGUACCACCGUUCCGAUGAUCAGCGAAAUCAUGGCCGACACGUGCGCCAUCUGUCUCGAUACAUAUGAAGAUGGCGAUAUGGUUCGACAGUUGCCGUGCCAACAUGAAUACCACUGUGCCUGUAUCGAUCCUUGGCUUACCAAGAAAUCGGCAUUGUGUCCACUGUGCAAAUACAACUGCCUCCAAGAAGGAAUCGAGAUGAAUCACAAUGAACCGUCGACUCUAACCGUUGAAUCUCGAUGGAGAAG